AUUUAUUUAGGCCAAACAAUGUUUAUGUUAUGGCAUCUAAAUCUGGUAAAUUAACUAAAGAACAUUUUAAAACAUGGUUGAAAGAAGUUUUCUAUCCUAAUGUUGGCAGUAGAAGUGUAUUACUGCUUGAUUCAUGGAGCGGACAUUGUCCAGAAGCUGUUCAAGAGGCUGCUUCGAAAGAUAAAGAGAUUCAUUUAUUAAAGAUACCUAAAGGUACGACGGGAAAAUUUCAACCUUUGGACGUAUUCGGCUUCAGAAUAUGGAAAAAUUUUGUGAGACAUUUUUCCGACAGUGUUAUACUAUUAAAUGGCGACCUAUAUUUACAUAUGAGAAACAAUGUCAUCAAGUUACAUUCGCUCACUCACAACCAACUGUCAUCGCCUAGAUAUCAGGAGUCUUCCGAGAUCCUAAUAUCGACCCAAGAGUUCAGUUUCGAAGCUCUUGAGUGCGCGACAAACCUUUGCCAUUGGAAGAGGAAAGCCAGUCAGGACCAGUCCAUCACAACUCGAGGGAUAAUAGUCGAGGAAGUUCAACGCUACGCUUUGCCAAAUCUACUGGGUUGGAUUCCGUCGGAAUAUAGCGCCAGAAUGACGCCGGCAGCAGCACCUGAACAUUUUCGAUAUACUUAUCUAUCAAAGCGUUUCCGUUGGGCUCAGUAG